AUGUCGCAACCUUCUGACAGCCCCGUUCAUACAACACCUAGGCAGUAUCGCAGCCGUCUCAGUCCGGCAGAAAAGUUGGACAAGACGUUCGCAUUCCUUCGUACUGAACUCAACUGGUCCCUAUCCGACUUGAUCAGAACCCUGUGCCAGCAAAAUGACCUAAAGAACCGCCAGCGACAAACUGGGUAUAUGAAAGCUGCAUAUGGCAGGGAGGUAAUUGACCUCUGCCUCGCUCAUCCUCGUUCAUCAGAACUGGAAUUGCGCAAGAUGCUACUCGACUCAGUGAAUUGGGGCAUGCCAGAGUAUCGACGAGAAAUUGUUGAGCUCGGAAAACAGACCGGCUUUGGCGAGUUCGCUGUCUCCAUUGCUAGUGCUGAUUCGCUACAUGGACUCCUCGAUACGGCUCAUGAGCAUGCUCCGAGAUUUAUUGGAUUGUUGGAUAGUGUAACAUGCGGAACUCGGCGUGCUAGCGAGAUAAGUUCGCUUUCGUCUCGGUACAUAAUAAUCCUCGCAAUCCUCUGUUAUUCACAAUCCAAUCGACACAGCAACGUGCAGACUCUUCUUGCCAUACACCUGCAUGCCAAUGGAGUUCGGCGACGAGUCAUCGAACUGCUCGCGAAGUAUGGGCUCUCUGUGAGCUAUAGUACGAUUCUGAGGGUAAUCAAGUCUCUUUCUGGAGAAGCUAUCGCUUCUGUGACUGCUGCUGGGAGGUCUCAGAAUUCUGUUACUGUUUACGAUAACUUUGAGCAAAUGGAAGGCGUCCGGGAGCAGCGUGUUGAAGGAAACAGUACAUUCCACUCAGUGACCGCCGGGGAGGUCUUUGAAGGAAGGGAAAUGCCAGAUGGAGGAUUGAAGCAGACCAUGCUUGAUCGAAAUGUCCGCCUGGAACCGGAAAGUGUGCUCCUAGCACCGGGCAAUUCAGAUGACGAAAUUCAGCGCCAGGUAUGA